UUGGCAUUCAAUGAAGUAAAAAAAAUAUUAAGUUCGAGCGAAGUGCUUGCUCAUUAUACGUUAGACUUACCCGUGGUACUGACGGCGGACGCCAGCGGGGUCGGAGUCGGCGCCGUGAUAUCGCAUAUCACUGAGGAGGGAGAGCGGCCGAUCGCAUAUGCGUCGCGUACUCUCAGCGCGGCCGAGCGGGCCUAUGCGCAGAUAGAUCGAGAGGCCUUAGCAAUAAUAUUCGGUAUUAAAAAGUUUCAUCAGUACUUAUAUGGUAGAAAAUUCGUUUUAAGGACUGAUCACAAACCCUUGACGUAUAUUUUCGGCAGUAAAGUGGGCAUUCCAGUUAUGGCCGCUUCGAGAUUACAGCGUUGGGCAGUAUUAUUGUCGGGAUACAAUUAUGACAUAGAAUAUGUAAGUUCACACAAAAAUUGUGCAGAUGCGUUAUCUCGUUUGCCGCAACCGGUACAUAAACGGCUUCCGAAGUCGGAGGGAAUGAAUUACAUUAAUUUCGUAGAAAAUUUUCUCCCGGUCACAAAUGAUGACGUCAGAACGGCAACAGCAAGCGAUCCGGAAUUAAGUAGAAUUUUAACCUAUGUUCAGUCCGGAUGGCCCGCGUCCUGCCCAAAAGAAGUGUUGCAGCAAUAUUAUAUUAAACGUAAUGAACUAUACAUAGAUAGGGGCUGUAUUAUGUGGGGUUACCGCUUGGUGAUACCGCGCACUUUAAGAAAAAAAAUACUUAUGCAAUUACAUACUGGUCACAUGGGCAUUGUUAAAACUAAGUCCAUAGCUCGAAGUUACGUAUGGUGGCCUAAUAUAGAUACAGACGUCGAAUCCGAAUGCCGAGCAUGUGAGACGUGCGCGGUGGAGUCACAAGCACCCCCGCGCACCCCACCGCAGCCUUGGCCGUACCAUUUGCAGCCAUGGAGCAGACUCCAUAUAGAUUUUUUAGGCCCUUUUAACGGAAAAAAAUUUCUUAUUUUAAUAGACUCCAGUACGAAAUGGCUAGAAGUGUUUGAAAUGCCAAAAACAAAUGCUACAGCGGUUAUUAAGGUAUUACGGUGUACGUUCGCAAGAUUCGGCUUACCACUAGAGCUAGUAUCGGAUCAAGGGCCACCCUUCACUAGCGCGGAAUUUAAGGAGUUUUUAACACGAAAUGGUAUUCAGCAACGUUUCUCGCCUGCUUAUCACCCGUCUUCGAAUGGCGCCGCGGAAAAUGCUGUAAAUAUUUGUAAAAAAGCAAUAAAAAAAGCACAUAGGGAAUCAAUCGAUGUUGACGCCGCGUUGCAAACAUUUUUACUUACUUAUCGUAACAGUAUACACAGCAGCACAGGUGAAAGCCCUUCAAUGCUGUUACAAAAACGAACGUUACGAUCACGGCUAGACUUAUUACGAAGCGAUCGCGCGCUCAUAAAUAAGGUAAAUCAGGCUCAAAGUAAGCAAGUGGAGUACACGGGCGGGGUGCAGCGCUCGUUUGCACCGGGGGAACCUGUGUGGGUGCGAGAGUACGGCCACAAGGAUAGGUGGGUGAAGGGAACGAUAGUUCAUGGCGAAGGUUCGAGGAGAUAUUCUGUGGACAAGGGGGACAGUCGACAAGUAGUUAAGCACGUUGAUCAAAUCAAGCGCAGAUCAGGGUUGUACGACAUACCAUUCCCUGAGGAGCAAAGCGAGUCAAUGAGGGUACAAAUACCUGAUAGUAGUGGCUCGGCGAGAGACGGAAUGUCGAAGGAGGACGACGGCCCGGACACAUCUCCGACUACGGUUGUGGGUGAUUCGGGAAAGGAGAGGAAACGGGUUUCGAGUGAACGCAUUAAAAGUCCUGGAAUCGAAUAUAGUACACCGCCAACGUCACCUAGUGCACCGUCGCCUGAACCGCCUCGAGCCCGAUCCGGGCGAGUUCGUAAACCUGUUGUUAGGUUUCAAGUUUAG